AUGGCAAACACUUGGUCUAUCAGAGGCCGCGCUCUGAAGCUCAACACCGCUGCAGAUGUUGAGGAGCAUUCCAAAGAUCUGCGGGCGAACGACAAUAUCGAGGAGAUACAUCUCGAAGGCAACACUAUAGGUGUUGAGGCUGCGGCGGCCCUCGCAUCGAUGCUUGAGACGAAGAAGAAGCUGAGAAUAGCCAAUCUUGCCGAUAUCUUCACCGGUCGCCUGCUCGCCGAGAUUCCACAAGCUCUUACUAGCCUCCUGCAAGCACUCCUCAAGUGUCCCGAGCUCCACACGAUCAACCUGAACGACAAUGCCUUUGGCCUCAACACUGUGGAACCUCUUCGGCCUUUCCUGAGCCAACACACACCACUCCAGCAUCUCCACCUCAAUAACAACGGCCUCGGACCAGCGGCGGGCGCUCUAGUGGCUGAGAGCUUGGCACAAUUGGCUGACAACAAGGCAAAGGCGAAGUCAGAAGGAAACAAGAAUGUGCCUGAUCUCGAGACGGUGGUCUGUGGGCGGAAUAGGCUGGAGACCGGGUCGAUGAGCGCGUGGGUCAAGGCGUACACGGCGAACAACAAGGUGCAGACGGUCAAGAUGGUGCAGAAUGGGAUACGGCAGGAGGGUAUUGCUACUUUGUUACAGCACGGUUUGUCGAAAUGCAAGCAGUUACGGAUAUUGGAUCUACAGGACAACACCUUCACAUCCCUCGCCGCCAAGACUCUCUGCAACACGAUCUCAAAAUGGCCCGUCUUGAUCGAUCUCGGCGUCGGCGACUGUCUACUGAGUGCUCGUGGUGGCCUCCAGCUCGGUGAAGCGCUUUCACAUGGUACAAAUAAGCAAAUCGAGGUUCUGAGGCUACAAUUCAACGAGAUCGACUCGAAGGGUGUAAAGGCUAUCUGCGAUGCGGCACUACAUGACACGGCAUUACCACGACUGCGGAGAGUAGAGCUCAAUGGCAACAAAUUCAGCGAGGAGGAUCCGAAUGUUGAGAAGUUGCAGGAGUUACUUUCGGCGCGGAAAGAGGAUGCGGAGCAGAAAUACCCAGGUAUUGAUGUGGAUGAUGACGAUGCGUGGGGCGUGGAUGAGCUGGAUGAGCUGGACGAUGAGGACGAAGAUGACUAG